AUGAUCGAGACGAUCGCCGUCACGCCCGUCGGGACGAUUCUCGCGAUGGCGCUAAAGAUGAUCGUAUUACAGACGGCCGGAAACCUGAACAUGGAGAUCAUAGUCGGCCUCAUGCUAAGGGAGAUCAUCGUGACCGGAGUCGAUCUCGCCCUCGAACAGCUAGGUCCGAUAACCGGAGAGACAGAAGCCGCUCGCGACGCCGUGACGCCCGCGACCGUAGCCGCUCACCGCGCGUUAGAACAGAGCGCCGCGACCGCUCUCGUUCGCGACUGCGUUUCAGCCGCCGAGACCGUAGUCGCUCUCGCUCCAGGGAUCGUGACUAUCGUGACAGGAGGGACCAUAGCCGCGGUCGCGAGCGGGGCUACGGAGUCGCUCGCGCUCGCCACCGAGCGCGGCUCGGCCUCCCUCUCGGUUGAGCCACCCAGAGAAAGAGGCAUGGAAACAGGCUGA